AUGACGUCGGAGGCAGAGGCGGCGGCGCCGCCGGUAAAGCCUAGAAGUGGUAAGCUAUGCACCAUUUGCAACGCCAGAAGGGCGGCGCUCAAGCGUCCCAAAACCCUCGAGCAAAUAUGCAAGGAGUGCUUCUUCGAAGUCUUCGAAGACGAAAUUCACCGAGUUAUCGUAGAUAAUCACCUCUUAAAGCGGGGUGAGCGCAUCGCCAUUGGAGCUUCUGGAGGAAAAGAUUCCACUGUGCUUGCUUAUGUGCUGUCCGAAUUGAACCGAAGGCACGAUUACGGGCUGGAUCUUUUCCUGCUCUCGAUUGAUGAGGGCAUCACUGGUUAUAGGGAUGAUUCACUUGAAACUGUCAAGAGAAAUGAAAUCCAGUAUGGUCUUCCACUCAAAGUUGUUUCAUAUAAGGAUCUAUAUGGGUGGACGAUGGAUGAAAUUGUGAAGCUUAUUGGUUUGAAGAAUAACUGCACUUUUUGUGGUGUUUUCCGUCGCCAGGCCCUUGAUCGUGGUGCUGCACUUUUGAAAGUAGACAAGCUUGUAACCGGACAUAAUGCAGACGACAUAGCUGAAACGGUCCUCUUAAACAUAUUGAGAGGUGAUAUUGCCAGGCUGAGUAGAUGCACCUCUAUAACAACUGGUGAAGAUGGACCUAUUCCGAGAUGCAAGCCUUUUAAAUAUACUUAUGAGAAGGAAAUUGUGAUAUAUCCUUGCUAUAAUAUUGCUCCUAUUUUAUUUCGUAUUUACUCCCCGAACGCUUAUCGUGGUUUUGCUAGGGAGUUCAUUAAAGAUUUGGAGAGAAUCAGGCCAAGAGCUAUACUCGAUAUCAUAAAAUCAGGCGAGGACUUUAGAAUCUCGACUUCUACUAAAAUGCCAGAGCAGGGAAAUUGUGAAAGGUGUGGUUACAUAUCUAGCCAGAAAUGGUGUAAAGCUUGUGUCUUACUGGAGGGACUUAACCGGGGUUUGCCCAAGCUGGGUAUAGGGCGUAGCCGAGGUUUUGACAACGAGCGGAAUAAGGAUAUGAAAGAAACUAAUGGGACAGAGAGUUUACAGAGCAAGCAAUGUGGGAGCCUCGACUUCUGA